GAAAAGUUAAAAGUAAUCAUCAAAAUAGAAUAAUACAUGUCAGCUCCAUGCAGUGAAAUUAUUGGAGAUAUCGAAGAUUUAAUAUCAUCACAAAACAUUACACCAAAAACACGAUAUAGUUUUAAAAAAAAUAUUAUACGUGCUAAUAGAAAGAAAAAAGAUCUUGUCCUACCUGAAUUACAAAUUUAUUCCAGUAUAAUUCCAGGUACACAAAUAAUUUAUAUCAGAACUUGGGGAUGUACACAUAAUAACUCGGAUAGUGAAUAUAUGGCAGGACAACUUGCUGCUUAUGGUUAUAAUUUAACCGAAGAUAAGCAUGUAGCAGAUUUAUGGCUUCUAAAUUCUUGUACAGUAAAGAAUCCAUCCGAAGCUCAUUUUAAAAAUGAAAUAGAGACUGGAAGAAAAUUAGGAAAACAUAUUGUUGUAGCUGGAUGUGUAUCACAAGGAGCUCCAAAAUCUAGUUAUUUACAAGGUCUAAGUAUUAUUGGAGUUCAUCAAAUUGAUAGAGUAGUUGAAGUUGUUGAAGAAACAUUAAAAGGAAAUACAGUAAAAUUAUUAAGUCAAAAAAAAGAUGCAGGUAGAAAAAUAGGUGGAGCAUCUCUUUCUUUACCAAAAGUUCGGAGAAAUCCACUUAUUGAAAUUAUUGCAAUCAAUACUGGUUGCCUUAAUCAGUGUACAUAUUGUAAAACAAAACAUGCAAGAGGUGAGCUUGGAAGUUACAGACCUAAAGAAAUUAUAGAGCGUGCUAAACAGGCUUUUGAAGAAGGAGUGAAUGAACUGUGGUUAACCUCUGAAGAUACUGGAACUUAUGGCAAAGAUAUUGGAACAACUUUACCAAAAUUACUUUGGGAAUUGAUCGAAGUUAUACCUGAUGGAUGUAGAAUGAGAAUUGGAAUGGCCAAUCCACCAUAUAUUUUAGAAUAUUUAGAAGAUAUAUCUAAAAUCUUACAACAUCCAAAAGUUUACAGUUUCUUACAUAUACCUGUACAAUCUGGUAGUGAUAAAAUCCUUUCUGCUAUGAAAAGAGAAUAUGUAAGGAGUGAUUUUGAAUAUAUUGUUGAUUAUCUUAAAGCACGAAUUCCAAGAAUAACUAUAGCAACUGAUAUUAUUUGUGGUUUCCCAAAUGAAACGGAAGAAGAUUUUGAAGAUACUUUAAAUUUAUGUAAAAAAUACAAAUUUUCUAGUUUAUUUAUCAAUCAAUUUUUUUCUAGACCAGGAACUCCAGCUGCUUUAAUGAUACAAGUUCCUACAAUUGAAAUAAAAAAGAGAACUAAAAUAUUAUCUGAAUUCUUCCAGUCUUAUGAACCUUAUAGUAAUGCAAUUGGUGAAGUACAGGAUGUUCUUGUAACAGAAGUAGCUCAUGAUAAAAAACAUUAUGUUGCACAUAAUUCAUAUUAUGAGCAAGUAUUAAUUCCAAAGAAAUAUGAAUUAAUGGGAAAACUUGUGAAAGUGAAAAUUAUAUCAGCGUCAAAAUAUUCCAUGAAAGGAGAACCAUUAAGCAAAGGUAUUUCACCAGCUAUAAACCGAUCUUUUAAAGAGGGAUUAGUUUCUGGAAAGCAUUCAAAUAUAAAACCAAUACCUGUACUUCCUAUUAUGGUGAUUUUCUUUGCUAUUAUUGGAAGAUUGUUAUGGAAAUGUUUAGUUGUAUAAAUAAAUGUAUUAAA